UGCUGACACUUUUAUUAAAAUUUAUUUAAUUCUAAAUAAUUUCUAUCAUGCUGCUCUGUUAAAAUGUCUUGGGCUAAACAUUAUCUUACAAAACUGGAGAUAAAUCCAGUGACCUUCUAUGAAAAGAAAUAGUAGUUUCUUAUCUCAUACCAAGAUAAACCUCUUCCUGCAUGCUAACCAGUAUAUGGUUUUGAAGCAUCCAGUUACAUUAUGAGUUUCCAUAUGCAGUCACUGCACUUUACUUCAAAGACUUAGGAAUGUGUUGUGUUUAAAGUUCAGUGAUUACAAAUCAAUUCCAAUUCUGUUCACAAAAUUGUUAGUUAAAAACUAAAUAUAUUCAUUAUUCAAACAGUGUUUCAUCAUGGAAUCUAAUGAUUUAAUGAAAAGUAAAGAAAUUCUCUCAGUAGCAGUUAAAAUUGGAAAGGAUAUCACAUUGUACAAACUGAAUCAAGGAUUACCUCUACAAAUUAUUAUCAAAGAACUUUGUGAAGAAAGGAAUAUUGAAUAUAUUCCAAAUUAUUAUGCCUUGCAAAUUACAGACACCAAGGAGGGAAAUAUCAAUAAGUAUGUGACAGAGGAAAACAGAUAUUCCUACAUUACAAAUGCUUCAGAAUUGCGAUUGAUAUACUCUGCUACAGAAAUGUGUAAAAUGAUUCAUGAGAAAAUUAUUUCUGAAGAUGAACUUGAAUGGACUCUAGAGAAGUUAUCUAGUCUGAGUAAAGAUAAAACUUUUUCAGAGGAAUUUGUAGCAAAAUAUGGAAUAAAUUCUCUUGUUUCCCUAAUGCAAAAAGCUAAGCCACCAUAUGAAAUGAUUCAUUUAUGUCUGGAAGCUCUUUUAUCUUUCUAUAGUUUUAAUUUAAUAACAAGUUUUGAUAACAUUCCUUUAGAGUGUUUGAUCAAUUUUGUUGUUUCAUCUCGAACAGUUCCAGAAGAGGUAACUGAACAUUCUUUACAUUUUCUCAAAAAUAUGCUGACAUCUAAGAAAGUACCAGCAAAUUUGUCAAAAUGUAUAAAUAAUAAAAUUUCUAUCGAUGAUGUUAUUACAUUUUUGCAAUCAAAAUAUAACUCGCACUUGCAAGAAAAAGCAUUGGCUUAUUUAAAUGUUUUACUUCUAUUAUCAGAUACAAAUGAUUCCUGUAUUAUUAGUCAGUUAGAAAGUCGAAAAGUAAGGGAAAUCAUAUGGAAAAAUAUCGUUAUGAAUUCUAUAGUAUCUCAAGGCAUGGCCCAUGAACUUUUCAUAUUCCAAAGUAUAUUUUUGAAAGAUUUAACUUCAAAAUUAAAUACAUAUAUAGAGGCACACAGUGAUGAAGCCAUGCAUCUCCAAGAACUACACAAUAUUGACUAUUCUCAUGAAAAUCAUUUUAAAAGGGAUAGUGUUUUGUCAUUCUUUGAGGAACAUUCUUCAGAUAAAUUGUCACCAGAACCAUCAGCAUCAAGAUCAUCAGCUUAUGAAAGUGAUGCCGAAAAAUAUCACUUUCCUCUAGUUCAAAUGCCUAAAUCAGAAAACGAAGAUGAAGAAGAGAAAAGUUAUACAUUUUGUCGUUCUCAAUCACUAGACAUCAGUGUUCUGACUUUAAAUUGCAUGCAAUAUUUUUCACGGAAGAAGCUAAAAACUUUCAUGAAAGUAAAGUUAAUGGAAGAGAAAGUUCAGAAGAAACCUUUUCACAGCAUCUGUGAUCGCCUGGUUCAUCUUUUAUGCGAUGCUCUGCAAGUCAAUCAGGAGCCUGCUCAAGACUGUACGUGCUAUCAGCCAUUAAUUUUUGAAGCAACAAAAGAAUCACCCUUUUUUGAAGAACUUUUCUGUCGUGUUGCUGUUCGUUUGUCGGCAACGAGUAAGGAAAUGAAGGCACGUACGUCGCAGGAUCAUGAUAAGGUAAUGAAAGUUCUGCUCCAUCAAGUCACAUCUGUUCUGAAUAAACAGCUACAAUCCUGGAAGAAAUUUGAAGAAGAAUUACAAAAUAUAACGUAUGAAAAAGUUGUAGAAUCCUGGCAGUCUACAAAUGAUCAGAAUUUAAUGAAAUUGCAGGACCUCCCUGCUGUAAUUGAAUUUAGAGAAAGUUUGAAAGCAGAAAUAGAAGAGGUAAUCGCCAAGCAUCGACUGCAUUUGCUUUGUCAAGGUACAAAAUUUCUCAAAGCAAAUUUACGACCCCAGAAAAUAAAAAAGAGGUUUUGGUACAUUUACCUCUCUCCAAAUUAUACUGUUUUUCACUAUGGAGAUUGUGGUGAAAGUGAAUCAGAAGAUAUUGAAUGUUCUUCUAAGAUGUCUGUCUCCAGUAUAAAAGAACUCCUGGUUGGCAGGAAAUGUCCCCAUGUCAGAGAAAAUAAGAAUAAUCGGAAAACCGAACCCGAAUUUGCGUUUUCCUUAAUGCUGGAUCAGGAAGAGCCGGCAUCCUUAGACUUUAUUGCGCCUAACCAACAGAUCUACGACUAUUGGACAGAUGGACUAAGCCAUCUUUUGGGCACAAAAAUGAAGAGUAAAUCAAUGGAGACUGAUUUGAAGAUGUUGUUGGAUAUGGAAGUGCGCCUGCAUCUCUUAGAGUUGGAAGGACUGGAUAUUCCACAUGAUACUCCUAUAAUUCCUGAAGGGCCAUCCUGCCCUGACGUACUUUUGGAAUGAAAAAUAUCAUAACUUACAUUUCUGUUUUUGUACUUAAUUGUCUUCAAUCAAAUGUCAAUUAGUGUUUACAAAUUCCAUUAUUCAAAAAGUUAAUUUAUAAUAUUCAAGAAGUUAAUAUUGUAGUAUUUUAUGUAAAAUUUCAUAGAACAUAAUAAAAACCACA